UCCAAAUCCAGUUUAAUGUGAAAAUUCAAAAAUCAAACCGCCUUAAGCACCAAUAUCCUCAUCUUAGAUCCUCUUUUUCAGUUACCGAUAACUGCAUGUCGAUUUCGAUUUCUAAUCUCCCUUCAUUUCGACUCUGAUUUUGUAAUGCCGAUCAUGGAAUUGCCGGAGAAUCAAGGAGCCACCGCCACAGCAACGGCGUCGGGUAUUGAAUCCGAUCUUAUUCGGAGAAGACGUGGUAGUAAUGGUUUUGAGCAGGCUAAUGCAAUCAACGGUGCAGAUGUGAAUACUACUGAUGAUGUAUGUGGCAGCGGUGCUGGAUUUGAAACGAUGAAUGAGCCGACUAAAUCGGUUGGUGAAUCCAAUCCAAGGGAAAAGGAGGACAGGAACGAUGCUGUUGCCAAUGGAGACGAAAGCAAAACAACCGAAGCAACAACUGCCUAUAAAUUUUCUUACAGGGCGUCCGCGCCAGCUCACCGACGAAUCAGGGAGAGUCCUCUUAGUUCCGACGCCAUUUUCAGACAGAGUCACGCAGGCUUGUUCAAUCUCUGUGUGGUGGUGCUCAUUGCUGUUAACAGCAGGUUGAUUAUCGAGAAUUUGAUGAAGUAUGGCCUGUUAAUUAGGGCUGGCUUUUGGUUUAGUUCAAAGUCUUUAAGGGAUUGGCCGCUUCUAAUGUGCUGUCUCAUUCUCCAACUUUUGCCUCUGACUGCUUUCCUUGUGGAGAAGAUGGCACAGAAGAGGCGUUUGACUGAGCGUGUGGUGGUCAUUCUUCACAUAACUAUAACAACAGUUGCCAUUUUGUAUCCAGUUCUGGUCAUUCUCAAGUGUGAUUCUGCUUUUCUGUCUGGUGUCAUAUUGAUGCUCGUUGCUUGUAUUGUGUGGAUGAAGCUGGUUUCUUAUGCACAUACAAAUCACGAUAUGAGAGUACUUGCAAAGUCUAUGGAUAAGGUUGAAACUUCAGAUGCGGAUUACUCUUAUGAUGUUAGCUUCAAGAGUUUAGCUUACUUCAUGGUUGCUCCAACAUUAUGUUAUCAGCUUAGCUAUCCCCGCACUCCAUGCAUUCGCAAAGGUUGGGUGGCCCGACAAUUCAUCAAGCUGGUAAUAUUUACAGGAUUGAUGGGAUUUAUCAUAGAACAGUACAUUAACCCAAUUGUGCAAAAUUCACAACAUCCUUUGAAAGGAAACCUUUUAUAUGCCAUUGAGAGGGUAUUGAAGCUUUCGGUUCCAAAUUUAUAUGUCUGGCUCUGCAUGUUUUAUUGCAUCUUUCAUCUUUGGCUAAAUAUACUUGCCGAACUACUAUGUUUUGGUGAUCGUGAGUUCUACAAGGAUUGGUGGAAUGCCAAAACAAUUGAUGAGUACUGGAGAAUGUGGAAUAUGCCUGUUCAUAAGUGGAUGGUUCGUCACAUUUAUUUCCCAUGCUUAAGGAAUGGAAUUCCAAAGGCGAUCGCAUUACUGAUUGCUUUCCUUGUAUCUGCUGUUUUCCAUGAGCUGUGUAUUGCUGUUCCUUGUCGGCUUUUCAAGUUUUGGGCGUUCAUUGGAAUUAUGUUCCAGGUUCCUUUGGUCAUUCUCACAAACUUCUUACAAAAUCAGUUCCAAAGCUCGAUGGUGGGCAAUAUGAUGUUCUGGUGCUUUUUCUGCAUUCUUGGUCAGCCAAUGUGUGUGCUCCUGUAUUACCACGACGUAAUGAAUAGAAAAGGCAGUGCACGUUAAGCUUGAUGCCGAGGAUCAUGAAUUGUUGUGUGGUCGAGUAUUUAUGUUUUGGAUUCCAAGCUCUAUGCUACUGUUUCUUAGAGUACACUGGUCAUCCACUAGCAACAACAUUGCUGAUGAUGUGUUUCUGGCAAAGGCAUUCCAGUUAUUUCCUUCAUCAAUCCAAAUGAUAUUCAGAUGACACACGAAAUUAUCUGUUCUGGAUGCACAACACAAGGGCACGACAAGGUGAUGCUGAUGACUAACAUUUUUAUGGUUUUUCUCCAUGUCAGAAAAAUGUAACAUACAAUCUUGAGGUACCUGCACUUGUUAAUGUAAUCCCUACUCGCCUCUAGUUUCUCAUUCAUCUCUUCUGCUUGUGCUUGGCUGUGAUGCUAGCAUGAAAUGUAUAUAAUUGGGUGUAACAGAUAAACAAAGCCGAUUGUGCUUAAUAACGCUUAAUUUGUUGUUGUGAAACAAAAUCUUGGAGGAAGCUAAAUCAUACUUGCUAUUGCACAGCUGUGAAAGACAUUUGAAGUAGACAGCAAAGAACAUGAUAGAUUCAUAUUCAAUUUAAUAAUGUCUAUGUCCUAUUUGUAUGUAAUGGUGUAUGAUUUGGACAUGAAGUUAAUGUUUUCAACU